AACACACUCAGCUGCAUUUGCUUUUCCUUCUUCAGCAGCGACGCAUCCUCAGCAGUAUAAUGAAACUCGGACAUGUCAGUUCCCGGAGUGUAGCUGGAAGAAGAAACCGCUGAUAUCAGCUCUCUUUUUGGACGGUGUGGUGGUUUGUUUUGGGGGGGAACGGUGGAGAAUCAUUGUUUUUUAUCUGCCGCAACCGUCAUUAUCAAAACUAGAGGAUGAACAGCAUACGACAGGUGCCGACACUGGUGAAAAGCAGGCGGACUGAGGCCAACCUCGGAGCGGAGAGGGAACAUUUUGACAAGCAGCAGCUGAGCAGCAUCAGCAAAGCCAUCAAUUCCAGUGAGACGCCUGUGAAGGAGAAACAUGCACGACGAAUCAUCCUUGGGACUCACAGGGAGAAGGGGGCCUACACUUUCUGGUCCUAUGCUCUGGGCUUCCCUCUGGCCAGCAGCUCCAUCCUGAGCUGGAAGUUCUGCCACGUACUACACAAAGUCCUGCGGGACGGACACCGCAAUGUGCUACAAGACUGCAUGAGACAUCACAGUAGUCUGGUUGAAAUUGGAAAACUAUGGAUGAACCUCCACGACCGAUACGGACAGCUGGUGGCUCUGUAUACCAAGCUGCUCUGCACCAAAAUGGAGUUUCAUGCAAAGCAUUCAGAAAUCCCACCGAACUUGGAGGUCACAGAUGAAGUCCUGGAACGCUGUGCAGGAACAGACAUAAAUAAUGUAUUCCAGCUCACAGUGGAGGUGUUUGAUUACUUGGAUGCAGAGCUGAGGGUGGCUGAGACAGUGAUCCGACAACUCAACACAUCCAUCGCCAUCUCCACUCUCUCAUCAGGCCAGUGUAAACUGGCUCCACUCAUCCAGGUUGUCCAGGAUAGCAGUCACCUUUACCACUUCACCGUCAAGCUACUAUUCAAGCUGCAUGCUUGUCUCCCUGCUGACACUUUACAAGGACACCGGGAUCGUUUCCACGACCAGUUCCACAGCCUUAAGGGCUUCUUCAAUAAAGCCAGAGACAUGCUGUACUUCAAGAGACUGAUCCAGAUCCCCAAACUGCCUGAUUCCCCACCUAACUUUCUGCACGCAGCUUCACUGGCCAAGCACGUGAAACCGGUGGUGGUCAUCCCCAACGAGGAUGAACCAGAGCAACAGGACGAUGAUGACGACGAGCCCGAGCCCGAGCCUCUAAUCGAGGUCAGCGACGUCUCGACAUCCAGCAUACAGGCUCAGCCACUGCAAAUGGACAUAUUUGAUCAGGCGUUUGGACCUCCGAAUGGAGGCUUUGAUGACAGGGAUCUCCAGAUCGAGAGCCUGAAGCGGGACUUGGAGUUGUUGAGAGCAGAGCUGGAAAGAGUAAAAGCAGAGGCUCAGCGCUACAUCACGCAGCUCAAGUCACAGAUUAACAGUUUGGAGGCUGAGCUAGAAGAGCAGCGGGCACAGAAACAACGUGCUCUUCUGGAAAAUGAACAGCUGCGCAUGGAACUGGAGGCCACACGCCGCCGAAAUGCAGAACAUGAGAGCUUACAGAGCACCUUCGUUGAGGCAGACAAAAGAUCCCAGGCCACUGAGCAGCGGUACAACAAACUGAAGGAGAAGCACACUGAGCUUGUGGCCAGUCAUGCUGAACUACUUAGGAAGAGUGCAGACACUGUGAAGAUGUUGUCUGUUACCCAGCAGACCCAGGAAGAGGUAGAGAGGACCAAACAGCAGCUGUCAUUUGAGGUGGAUCGGAUAAAACAGGAUGCUGACAUGAAGCUGGAAGAGCAGAAGUUUGAGAUGGAGAGGCUGAAGAGAGAGCUGGAGGAGAAAAUGGCAGAAGUGACGCACAUCAAUGCGUCUCUGCAGAGCAGCAAGAUGACGUCGGAGGAAAUGAACAGCUCAAUGACAUCUCUGCAGGCAGAGAAGGAGCGUCUGAUGCGAUCUGUGAGUGAGAAAGAGGCAGAGUUGUCGUCUCUGCGGCAGGCCGCGCAGGUGCAGCAGUCGUCACUUCAGCAGGAGCGAGAGAGGAGCAGCAGGGAGCUGGGAGAGCUGCAGGCCAAACUGCAGGAGAAGGCAAGUCAGGAGGAGCAGCUGAAGCAGAAGCUUUUGGAGGAGCAGUUUACUCUGCUGCAGGGAACUGUUGCUGAGGCUGAGAACAUCAUCCAAGAUGCUGUUGCUAAGCUGGAUGAUCCCCUCCAUGUACGCUGCACCAGCUCUCCAGAUUAUCUUGUAAGUCGGGCGGAGGCCACGCUGACCUCCAUCGAUAAAAUGAAAAAGGGCCAUGCAGAUUAUCUGAGUAACAUGGGAGAUGCUGGAGGGCUGCUGAGGGCUCUGACCCAGUUCUCCCACUCAGCUGCAGAUACAAUCAUCAACGGCAGCGCCACUGCACACAUGGCACCUACUGACCACGCAGACCGAUUGACAGAGAACUGCAGAAGCUGUGCCACUGACAGUCUGCAGUUCUUAAAGGACCUGAAGUCCAAGACUACCCUCCAGAGGGCAGACCCGGCCUCCAUUCGCAUAAUUGUUCAAAAGAUCCUGCACUUGGGCCAGGAGCUGCGACCAAAAGGCAUGGACGUUCGGCAGGACGAGCUGGGAGAUAUGGUGGAUAAGGAAAUGGCAGCAACAUCAGCGGCUAUUGAGGAGGCAGUCCGCAGGAUUGAUGAGAUGAUGAAUCAGGCACGAAAGGACACAUCAGGAAUGAAACUGGAGGUUAAUGAAAGAAUCCUUAACAGCUGCACAGACCUGAUGAAGGCCAUCCGCAUGCUGAUCAUCUCUUCCACAGACUUGCAAAAGGAGAUUGUCGAGGGUGGGAGGGGUGCAGCCACCAUUAAGGAGUUCUACGCCAAGAACUCUCGCUGGACUGAGGGACUCAUCUCUGCGGCCAAGGCUGUGGGAUGGGGGGCAACAGAGAUGGUGGAAUCCGCUGAUAAGGUGGUGCUGCACACAGGCAAAUACGAAGAGUUGAUCGUCUGCUCUCAUGAAAUAGCUGCUAGCACAGCUCAACUGGUGGCAGCCUCAAAGGUUAAGGCCGAUCGCAACAGUAAGAGGCUGUCAGUCCUCCAGCAGGCUUCUCGCCUUGUGAAUGAAAUGGCAGCUAAUGUAGUGGCCUCAACCAGGACAGGCCAGGAGCACCUGGAGGAAAAGGAUACCAUGGACUUCUCUGGGAUGUCCCUCAUCAAGCUGAGAAAAGAAGAAAUGGAGUCACAGGUGAAGGUGCUGGAACUGGAAACUCAUUUGGAGAAUGAGCGUCUGCGUUUGGGCGAGCUGAGGAAGCAGCACUACAGUUUGGCCGGAGUCCCUCUAGACCAGAUUUCUGAGGGGAACGGUGAAACCUCCUCGAUGCCCCUUCAUGCAACUAUGUCACCAAAACCCACCAAGCCCGCACUCCUGAAGAAACCUGUGUUGGCGCAGAAGCCCAACAUCCCACCCAAGUUUAAGUAAAUGCCAGGGCAGAAGAUGGGAAUGCUUCACUACGGGAUGGUUGGAUUGACCAGAGAAAGAUUGCUUUUUUGUGAACAUAAGGUUCCUUUAAGUUGCAUGCUGACAAUCCUGCUUUUUCAUUUUGCUUUUCAAUGUUUUUUCUUCCUCUCUGUUUUAUUUUUUAUUUUUUCUUGCCAAAAUGGACCAGAAGCCUGAUUUUUGACCGUUGAUGCCUGCAAAGGAUAUGCUGUCUUUGCCUCCUUUUUUAAAAAGAUGCAUACCACAUAACCUUUUUUUAUUUUAGUAUUUGGCAUCAUGAACAAAAAAGGGGAAUAUUAUAUUUGUAGGCUCUGUGAAAGUAUUUUUUCUGCAUCUGUAGGAUUUUAGAUGAUUAAACACUACUGCUGCUUUUAGAAAACAAACCUUUAUACAUAAAUUAACAGCAUAUCUUGUUCUUGUAUGUCAACAGUUUUGAUCACGCUUAAGACAACCUUUUUGCACACUACUUUGGACCUUUUACAGAGCACAUCACAUUGUUCUUAAUGUACACUGUAUGCUAUUUAUGUUUUGUGUUUGGUGUCGAGGGAAACCGGGGAAUCGCGCCAUGUGCGUCCAUGUUGCUGCACAAGUUUUACAUACCUCUGGCUUUGCCUUCACGAUGGACAGUGUUCCUCUUAUGUGCAAAACAGCUUUCUUUCUCAACAGUACACAAUUGUCUCGGAGGCCUUGAAAUGUACUGUACUACUGAAUUUAAUAAUACACUUAAAGACAUACAGUCUGUAUAGGAGUGUGCGACUCACCUAGUAUCAUUUAUUAUAUAUCUACAUGCAUCUCUUGAAUGUCCCUUUAUUGGAAGAGAAGCUGGAUAUUAAGGAUACAGUCAGCAACAUCUUGCUUGCACACAAAUAUCAGAUGUAGGUGUCCUUAAUGCUUCUUUUAGGUUGAAUAUGGAUAUUUAGGGUUGGUUUUAUGUACAAUCUGAAGGUGUUCAAGUCCUCUGGGAGUUUUUUCUUACAGGGUCCUAAAAUGCAUCUUUUUAUGUUCUGUCCUUUCCUCUGUACGAAAUGUCUUUAUACACUCAAAUCUAUUAAUAUAUUUUAGUAAAGAUAAUGGUGGUUCUCCUUGUAAGAAGUGUAAAUGUCAAACAAAUGAACAAUAAAUGUUUGAUUUCAUGUCCCAUUGUGUUAAUUCAUUUUGCUCCAAUCUUCUGAGGUAUCAUUUGUUCAAUGAUUUUUAUCAGUUUCCAACAUAUAAUCACAUAAAGCACAUUCAAGGCAAACCUUUGACCAUUUUUCACUUAUUAUUCACUUUAUUAAUAUAUAUUAUCUAUAUUGUCCAAGGCAAUACUACACCAUACCAUACUAAAACUAUCUCAUGCCAAUGUUAUGAACUAAAGUCAACUUAACAAAAGGAAACUCAUGAAUGAUGUUUCAAUGGUAGCUAAAUUGUCUCAGGUUUUUACAGCCCUACCAUAAACUUUAGUGUUAACAAACUAGCAAUAUGUUAUUAUGGCCUAAAUUUGAAUAUCACACAUUUUAAGAGUAUUAUUUAAUUCCUAUUUAUUGGGACAUCUAUAGCCCAGGUUAC